AUGAAGACCUUUUUGUUGAUCACGCUCCUCGCCCUUGUGGCAUUCUCGAUGAUUCAUUCGACUGACGCAUGCUUCGAACAAGACAAUGCUAAAAAGGCCGCAGCAUUGAAUAAAAAAUUCAGCAAAGUCAAGGUGACGGACAAAUGUACACUCAGUGAAUUUGGCUGUAUUGGCAAGAAGUUUGCUAUCUGUGGCAAUAGCGGAUGGGUUACGUUCGACUGCCCAGUUACUACGCAAUGCAGUUUUCUUCCUCUUGUUAACAAGCCUGAUACCCCGAACGAUAUUGCAUUACGCUUUAGCCUUGCCAAACAGUGCCGAGGAAAGACUGGUUAA